GAUCGUCUCCUCGGCGCGACAGGACGCGCUCGACGAGUUGGGAAGGGCGCGACGCUUCUUCAAAAGCCUUCUUCCGUCACCUUCCGCUCCUUCCUUGCCGCACGAGCGCAAUGGCGCCGGCUCGCCACCUCCUCUCCUACUCGCGUCUCGCCCCGGAAUUGUGAGGGCGGGUGGGCUGGCCGACCGGCCGGUCGAGUGAGCCCUCUGUGCCCUAAGAGAGCAUCUGUGCCUGGCCGAGAGCUGAGCUAGCGCUAGCAGGCUAGCGAGCUAGUGGCGCUGUAAUGGCGGAGCUGGUGCAGGCUGGAGGACAGGCCUCGAUCGGCCAGCCGGCGCUCAAGUCGGACGGCCUGGCCGAUGCGCUGCAGCGGGCCCGCCAGAUGGUGGGAAAGAUGGGGGAGGCGGUGCCGCACAUGGACGGCUCGCCGGCGAGCGCUGAGCCGUCGCUCUAUUACAAGCGAGACGACGCAGGUAGCCAAAUGUCAGCAGGGGGCCACCAAAGGGUGCUGACGGAGGACUACAAGGUCCCCGACAGGAUGGUGGGCUUCAUCAUUGGCCGGGGCGGCGAGCAGAUCACCAGGAUCCAGCUGGAGUCGGGAUGCAAGAUCCAGAUCGCCGCCGAUAGCGGCGGUCUGCUGGAGCGGCCCUGUUCCCUGACCGGGACGCCCGAGUGCAUCGAGCAAGCCAAGCGUCUCCUGGUUCAAAUCGUGGAGCGCUGCAGGAACGGCCCCGGCUUCCCCGGCGACUUGGAGGGCGGCGCCCUGGUGCAGGAGAUGUUGAUCCCGGCCAGCAAGGUGGGGCUGGUGAUCGGCCGGGGGGGUGAAACCAUCAAGCAGCUGCAGGAGCGCGCCGGCGUGAAGAUGAUGAUGAUCCAAGACGGUCCCAUGCCCACGGGAGCAGAUAAACCUCUCCGCAUCUCCGGCGACCCGUACAAGGUUCAGGCGGCCAAGGAGCUGGUGCUGGAUGUGAUCCGGGAGAAGGACGGCGACUUUCGGGGGGGACGCGGCGACUUCUCUGCCCGGCCGGGAGGAGCCGGCCUUGACGUACGCGCGGCUGAAGUUCCCGUUCCGAGGUUUGCGGUGGGCAUCGUCAUCGGCCGCAACGGCGAAAUGAUCAAGAAGAUUCAGAAUGACGCUGGAGUGCGCGUCCAGUUUAAAACAGACGACGGCGUCAGUCCGGAGCGCGUUGCCAUGGUGAUGGGCCAGCCGGAACGCUGUCAGCACGCGCUGCAUCUCAUCAACGAGCUCAUCCGGACGGCGCAGGAGCGCGACGGCUUUGGCUCGGCGCUGAGGGCCAACCGGGCCAGAGGCCGCGGGGAUUGGACCAUGGGUUCCCCCGGACCCCUACAGGAGGUCACCUACACCAUCCCGGCGGACAAGUGCGGCCUGGUCAUCGGCAAAGGUGGCGAAAGCAUCAAGAGCAUCAACCAGCAGUCUGGCGCCCACGUGGAGCUUCAGAGAAACCCGCCGCCCUCUACCGACCCCAACGCCCGCGUCUUCACCAUCCGGGGCUCGGCGCAGCAGAUGGAGCACGCGCGGCAGCUCAUCGACGACAAAAUCGGGGGUUCCGGCAUCGUGAGUAACGGAGGAUUCGGCUUCGGCCCCUUUGCGCAAGGGCCCGCCCACCAGAACUGCGGCACUGCUCAGACCUUCUUGACGGGCGUGUGGGGGAACACCUACCAGACGGGCUGGCAGAACGCCACGCAGCAGGACCCUGGUCCGCAGGGCCAGCCCGCCGGCGUGAUGAGUGACUAUGGCAAAGCGUGGGAGGACUACUACAAGAAACAAAGUCAGUCGUCCCAGCAGAGUUCGCUGCCCGACUACACGGCGGCGCUGGCUGAGUAUUACCGCCAGCAGCCCUACUUGUGGAACCCCGCCCAGAUCCAGGAUCACUAGGAGGCCCCUCCCUCCAUCCCUCAGGCGCCACGCCUAACUCCCUCCCUCCCUUCGAAGAGCAAAUUAACAGCAGACACAGGAAGUGCUCUCUUGGUUUUAACCUCCGAAUUGUUGGACUUCCUGUUUGGCCUUUUUUUUUUGGGUGUAAUCCAAUCCCACCGCGGACAAGUUUGAACAAAGUUCACACCACCUUUUGUUUUUUUCUCUUUGUCUUCUCACCACGUGAUGCCUCGCAGUCUUGAGGAAGACGACGACAAUAUAGUUUUAAGCAUGCUGCCGAUUGUUAUGCCUUUUUUUUCCCUCUGUGGAUGAUUUCAUGGCGUCGGACAAAAAGGUGACUUUGACGGGGGGGUUGUUUCUCGUUUGAAACCAUCAGAAGUCCGCAAUUUGGAUAUGCUAGCAAUAGUGACUAAGUUUGUUUUUCUUUGGGUUCUUAAAUCUUGUCUAUUGUGGGGUCGGACUCAGGACGGCGCAGUGGAACUUUUGGUCGGCGCUCGUAAUAUGCGUGCCCAGCUGUCGGUGGCUAAAGUGCUUGCGGCCUGUCACGAGGAUGAGUUUGAAGGAAUGGCAAAUUCCAUCAAAUGAGCACUUUAGCUCCCCGUUUCUUGUCUGUCUGUCAGCCAGCCUUAAGGAAAGAAAGCCACGAGGGUGCUUCUUUACACUCGGACGGACGGACGUCACUUUUUCAAUGGAGCCAGCCGUCAGUCUCGCCAUGACUCGGAUGGCCACGUGCUAGUGAUGCCGUGCGAUUUUGUUCCUCUUCCUGCUUUCGCGAGAGUUUUUAAUCUUGUUUACCGCAUAAGGUGAUCCUCUCUUUGUUUUCUCUGUGGGCGGUGCCAAACUAGCACAUUAGCGCUUAAGUUUCCUGUUUGUGGCUAAAGUCAGAGCGGUCCUUUUUUCAUGAGUUUGCAUUCAUUCACGGUCCACUCUGUUUAUUGUUGUAUCACUUUAUUCACCACCGUCUUUUCGUUUUCACUUAGCCUCAGCAAAAGGAGGGUGCUAGCUUGGCGCUAGCAUAGCAUAGCGUGUGUCGGACCACAGAUGUUUUGUCAGGUGUGUGUGUGUGUGUGUGUGUGACCAUGAUGAGGAGUUGGGUUCAGGGCUCUAUUUAAAUGUUUAUGAAUAUUUCGUUUGAUCAUGAGCUAAUAUGCUAAUGCUACAUGUACAUGUCACAUUGGAAUAAAUUUUUUGUUUGCUUUAUAAUGAUUAGGGAGUAUUUGAUCAAUCAGAUUCAUGGUUUUCAUAGAGGAGGCCCCUAACCCAGCCACAGAGUCAAUGGUAUCGUCUGUUGUAUAAAAAUGCUGCGGUAGUGAUUCGGAAUGGGAAUUCCCCAUCUCUUGAAUCUCUCCAAAUUUUGAGCAAUAUUGGCUUUGAUAAUGUACUACAAUUGCUAAUGCUAUGUGAACAUGUCAUUGCUUCCCAAGGAUUUUCUUCUUUUUUUUUCCUUCGUCACCUGCCAACAAGGAAAAGCUCUUCUCAAGACUCCUAUGCUAAAUGCUAAAGCUAACAUCUGGCGAGCCCCAGAGCGGCCGAUUAGCCUUUUAGCUCGUUGGCCCAGACGGCGACUCCAAGGUCGGAAAACGAAUGACUGGGGACGUCCCCGUUUCGUUUUUUCGCGGCUCCGCCAAACUUGAUUUGUUUUGUUUUGUUUUUUGUUUUUCUAAUGGACGUUUGUCCAAAUGUAACCUUGGACUUUUUAUGGACUGAGUGGGUGAGGAAGACUGAGGUGAACAUGAUGAUUUAACCAUGAGGGCUAAUAAAGAAGCUCCUUCUUUCUGA